CAUGAGCUUCUCUGUAAUGAUUUUAUCCUGCGUAGAGUGAUCUCGUUCAUCACUAAAAGCUGAAAGUUUAUUCAUUCUUCCUAAAAACAAAUCGAAGUGAUUUUGAUUUUACUGCACAAUGGGGGAGUCUAAGGGUGAUACCUUCUGCAAACAAAUGAGAGCAGCAACUCGGCAAAUUCAUGCUGUGAGUGAUGCUGUGGUGAACGCUAAAUUGGCAUUUAGUGUGCAGAAUGAUCGCGUUUGGGCAGACGGUCUCCUAGUGUUCUACGAAAUCUUCAAGUAUUUGGAGAAAGCAAUGCCUGGAAUAGCGAAGAAGUAUGAAAUUGAUAAUUUAAUACCUCCAGAGAUGGAGGUAACUAAAGCAUUCGAGAAGGAUUUAAAUUUUUAUUUAGGGAAGAACUGGAAUAAAAAUUAUACUCCAAGGGAAAGUGUAAUCAGUUACUUAAACCACUUAAAAACUCUAAAAUCUAAAAAACCGAUUCUCCUCUUGGCCUACGUUUACCACCUCUACAUGGGCCUCUUGAGCGGUGGACUAAUUCUCCGAAAAAGGCGACAACUCAUCCAGAUCGUAACCCCUUACAAAUCCUCCUUCAAACUAGAGGGAAGUCACGUAACAGAUUUUGGGGACAAUUCGAUUUAUCGAUUGAAGAAAAACCUCAGGAAUAAAAUGAACGCUUUGGCGGAGGGUCUGGAUGAACAGACGAAAAGCCAGUUGAUAGAGGAGAGCAAAGUAGUGUUCGUUAUGAAUAAUCAGAUAAUCAGGAGUAUUGAGGGGGCCACUGCUGCCGCGGUGAAGAAGCUUAUUUAUUGCUUUAUGAUUUUACUCGUUUUUAUUUCGUUUUAUGUUUUUAAACAGUAGGAAAUUCAUUACUUCAUUAAUUGAUGGGCAAAAUUAAUUAUCAUUAAUUAUUAUUAUUAUUAAUUAUUUAAUUAUAAACAUUUAUGCCAUUUUUUUAAGAAUAAAUUGAGGUAUGAAAGUUAUUUUGACGUGUGAGUUUUCAAAUAUUGAAAAUUAGAAUUGUUUCCCUCUUCAGUCGGUCAACAGCUGAUUCCAAGGUCACCGGAGUUUGUCUCCCGGUCUAAAUGUCAACAUUCACGCUCACUUUGGAGUAAAAAUGGGAUGAGCCUCUAUUGGUUUAUGUAACAGAAUUAUUAGAAUUUAUGUAUCUUUUUUGAGUAUGAGAAAACUUGAGUCAGGGGUUUUUGAUGAAUAAUUCGUUGAUAACAGCGUAAAAAAUGAUGAGUUAAGGUUAGGAUUGACUCGAUGGUACCUGUGAACCCCAAAUAAAUGUCAAUUACUUCGUUUUUCU